AUGAAAAUUCUCGCAGACUCUCAACUAGAGUUCAGGACUUAUUUUGCUCAGGUGAUAGAGGAAUUGAAGGACAUAAAGAUUCAAUUAACAAAGUUAAAUGAUUCUUCAGCCAUUCAAGAGCGUGGUAAGCUUCCCGCUCAACCUCUAAUCACCCCUAAAGGGCAACAUAUGACUCAAACCUCCAAUUCUUCAGAGUCUAAUCUAAAGGGGGUUAAUGCCAUUACUACUCGAAGUUGUCAAAGUACAGUAUCACCCUCACCUAAGACCACUAGUGUACCAAUGCCCACUCCAGAUGCUGAUGUGCCACAAAACCUUCCAGUGAAGGUGCCCUUCCCUCAGGCUUUAAAAUCUACUAGGAAGGUACUAGAAAAUAAAGGUGAAAUCCUAGAAAAUUUAAAAGAAGUGAAGAUCAACUUGCCUCUCUUGCAUGUGAUCAAACAAGUACCAGCAUAUACCGAGGUCAUCAAGGAUUUAUGCUCCAUGAAAAGGAAGAACCAUGUUAAGAAAACUGCAUUCUUGACAGAACAAGUAAGUGCGGUGAUCGAACAAAAGAUACCAAUUAAAUAUAAAGAUCCAGGUUGUCUUACAAUCGCUUGUCGAAUUAGGACACAAGAAUUUGGUCAAGCCCUCCUAGACUUAGGUGCAAGUGUUAAUCUUAUGCCUUAUUCAAUUUACUUGCAACUAGGCCUAGGAGAAAUCAAGCCCACAUCUGUGGUGCUACAAUUGGCUGACGGCUCAAUCAGAAAGCCACGAGGAAUAGUUGAAGAUGUCUUGAUUAAGGUUGGAAAAUUCUAUUUCCCUGCUGACUUUUUGAUUUUGGACACUCAAUUUGAGGUUAAUACUGAGUCAAAAAUUCCCAUCAUUCUUGGUAGACCUUUCCUUGCAACGGCCAAUGCUCUCAUUAACUGUAGGAAUGGUCUUAUGAAAUUAUCUUUCGGGAAUAUGACUAUGGAGGUCAACGUUUUUCAUGUUGUGAAACAACCACCAGACGAGGAGGAAGAUUGCUAUCAUACUGACGUGAUAGACACAAUUGUUGAGGUAGAAGUUCUUAUUCAUGAUGAUUCUGAUUCUUUAAAUGAUAUCCUCUAUGACUUUGAUACUAAAAAUAUACUUUAUCCAUAUGAGGAAGCCAAUGUUUCUUCUAUUCUUGAGAUGUCCCAGGAUGAAGCAUCACCGUCACAAUAUGAGAAUUUGCGAUUUCUUACCCGAUCUAUGAAACACUUCUUCGGGUCCAUGUGCAAUAUUGAGAAAUUUUGGUAA